AUGGACUUUUCAACUCUAAAUGUAUUUUUCCCGAUUUUCUUGCAGCAUGGGCAGACUGUACAUAUAGGGGGCUUAGUUAGACUGGAUCUAGUUCAAGCCUCAGUUGAAACAAUCUACGUCACUGUCUGGGCAUCGCCUAGUGUAUCUCUUCAUCUAGGGAAGACAGAAAAUGCCGAUGAGCUCAAGAACAACCAUGCUGGAGUGAGAUUGCAGCCUCCCAUUUCCAUGGAGCGAGUUUCUGAGUUGAGACCAUGGAAAGAGAGGGAAGUAAAAGCACGUGGAACAAGCUGGGAUGUCAAGAGCAUGGAUGUUGUGGUUGCUGGCUUAGGAUGGUUCUCCCUAGGUUUGAAAGGCGAAGCAGAUUUAGUGUUGUGGACAUAUGAUGGCAUUCAGAUCACAUUGCGCGAGCCAUUGGUACUUGAUCGUGCAGCCUCUAUCGAAAGACCUGGAUUUUGGCUACCAAAGGCUAUAUCAGAGGCCAUCGCUAACUCAUCGAAGCUUGAAGGUCAAGAAGCAAGGGAGAAAUAUCCAUCAGAGGAGACAAAGCAACCUUCAUAAGUAUCCGACUAAAAGAGGCAGCUAAGUCAAUUUUCUUGUGAACAUUUCUAGUGUACAAGGUCUUGUACGAUGACUUAAAAUGGGCAGGUUGAAUUGAAUAUGAGCGGAUUGAAAACGGAUUAGACAAAAAAGGAAAAAGAAUCCCAUAUGAAGGAGAAACAAAUAAAAACAAGAGGGAGAAGAGAACACAUGCCAUUAUAGUGGAAAACAGGAACCUGUUGAAAUUCCUUCUUGUUUUCAUUCAUCUCUUCUAAUCAAGCACUUGGGGAUUUUAGCCUUUUUAAGUUACUGUGUGCUAAAUUACUCAUAUUUUCCAGUUCUCUUUGUUUAACUAUAUUAGAUAUAA